AUGCCAGCGGCGAACGCCUCGCGCGUGAACACGCACGAGAUCGUGCACUCCUACGAGUCCUCUGCGAACCCUGCGCGGCCCAUCCGGCCAUCGCCAUUGACGACGCAGAACGGGAUGCCUUUGGACCUAUUGGACCGUCUGCGGUCGUUCCCUCUAUUCAUGUCAGCGCCGGAAGAGUUUCUCUCCGCCGUCGCGACGCAUCUGCGGCCGCAGCUGCACUCGCCCCGGGAUUAUAUCGUCACCGAGGGCGACGAUGCGAAGGCUAUGUACUGGCUUGUUCGUGGUGCCGUCGCGGUUACGUCCAGGGAUGGGGAAAGUACGUAUGCCGAGCUCAGGCCCGGAGCGUUUUUUGGUGAGAUUGGGAUUCUUAUGAAUAUUCCGAGAACGGCCACGAUUAUUGCCAGGAGUAAGUGUCUCCUCGUUGUACUCACGAAGGAGGCGCUGCAGAGGGAACUGCCGAAGUAUCCUGAGGUCGAGAGGGCGAUACGGGAGGAGGCAGAGGAGCGCCUGACCCUGCUGAAUAAGAAGAAGAGGGAGCGGGAGUCGACACGGGUCGGCGGCGUCAAGAGGGGGGUUGAUGAUGGGGAGAUGGAUGUGGACGAGCCGAUACAGUUCUCGAAUGGGCUGGGAGCGCAGGGGCUCACCCCCGGCGGUCAGUGGGCGAGUGCGUCGGCGUUGGCCAGUGUCGCCGUCAAUAUCCGGCAAUUGCUGAAGGAACUGCCACUGUUCGCCAACCUGCCGCCCCAGAAUCUGCACUUUCUGGGAUUGAGCGCGACGCCGCGCGCAUUCGAUCCGUUCACGUCGAUCGUGCAGCAGAAUUCGAAUGGGCGGGAAAUUUAUUUCAUCGUGCGCGGCGAGGUGGAGGUGGUGGACGAGACGGAUCCGACCAAUAUUAAGGUUAAGGCACGGCUAAAGAAGGGGCACUACUUCGGCGAGGUGGCAGGGCUGUAUUUGGCGCCUAAGCGAACCGCCACCGUCCGCUCGGUUACUUAUGUAGAAUGUCUGGUGAUCGGAGGGGACGUGCUGGCCGAGCUGUGGAAGAAGUGUCCGCCCGACGUGCAGCAGCAGCUGGAGAAGACGGCUCGCACACGCAUGGACGCCGACUCCAUGAUCCUGGGGAGUAAUACGGCUGCAAUCACGAUGAUGCCGCCAUCCGUGCCGCCGCAGCACGGCGUCGGCGUGGAUCCGAUGGAUAUCUCGGAUCUGCCAAACUUAUCGGCGUCGCACUUGGGCUUGACUCGGUCGGCCUCGCCGCUCACAGUCACCGGGCCGAACGAUCUCAACGUGGUGGAGCCUUUCGACCCGGACCCCUAUCAGCCCUCCGACUUCGAUUCGAUGGUGCGGUCCAAGUCCCGGCGGGGAUCGCUAGCACCCCCGGCGCCGUCCGGGGCCAACUCACCGACGGAAGAGAAGGGCUCGCCGCUCGCGACGUCGGUCACGUCAUCGCCCAUCCCGUCGCCGGUCAAGACCAAGCACGUCACCACGCCGCCGGAAAAGUCGCCCGCCAAGCGACCGAAAACCGGGAGCGUGCGGAUCCUUUCGCGGAAACCGAGCAGGUUCAAUACUGGCCAGUUCGACGACGACGUGCUCAACGAGAUAUUCAAGUACCUCGAGCUGCCCGAGCUGAUGCGCAUGCGCGCCGUGUCCACACAUUGGUCGCGAUUACUGACGCACUCGCCACACCUGUGCAAAGUCCUCAAUCUCAAACCGUACAACCGCGUCAUCAACGACCGCGUGCUGAUCGAGAGCAUCGCGCCGUUCGUCGGCCACCGGCCACACACCAUUGACAUCUCCAACUGCUUCCACAUCUCGGACGAGGGCUUCUCGGCACUAGCGCAGCACUGCGGCGCCCACGUCAAGAAGUGGCGCAUGAAGAGCGUCUGGGACAUCACCGGCCAGGCAAUCCUGGAAAUGUCCAACCGUGCAAAGGGGCUCGAGGAGAUCGACCUCUCCAACUGCCGCAAAGUCUCGGACACGCUCCUGGCGCGGGUGGUGGGCUGGGUAGUCCCCGAGUUCCACCCGAUGUACGCGGACGCGGCGCAGCAGCAGCAAGCUGCCGCCGCCUCCGCCUCCUCUAACCCCAGCCGCUACAUCCCGCCCCAAAUCUACCCGCCGGCCGGCACGGUGAUCGGCUGCCCGAACCUGCGGCGGCUCACACUCAGCUACUGUAAACACGUCACGGACAGGACAAUGAGCCACCUGGCCGCGCACGCCUCAAAGCGCCUCGAACACGUGGACCUCACCCGCUGCACCACAAUCACGGACCAGGGCUUCCAGAGCUGGAGCAUGACCCGCUUCGAGCGCCUGCAGAGCCUGUGUCUCGCUGACUGCACGUACCUCACCGACUCCGCAGUGGUCUUCCUCACCAACGCGGCAAAGGGCCUGCGGAGCCUGGACCUGUCUUUCUGCUGCGCCCUCUCCGACACCGCAACGGAAGUCCUCUCGCUGGGGUGCCAACACCUCUCGACCCUCAAACUGUCUUUCUGCGGCUCGGCAGUCUCGGACAGCUCCCUGCGUGCCAUCGGGCUGCACCUGCUGGAGCUGCGGGAGCUGUCAGUGCGCGGCUGCGUGCGCGUUACGGGAGUCGGCGUGGAGGCGGUUGUAGAGGGCUGCCACAACCUGGAGGUAUUCGAUGUUAGCCAGUGUAAGAACCUCCAGAGGUGGCUCGAACAGGGCGGCGUAGAGAAGUGUACCAAGACUUGGAGGAGGAAUGUGGAAUUCCUGACGGUGGCGAGGGAUAAGGAGGAUGGGGGGGAUGGGGGGGAUGGGGUGCGGAGACGGUAG